AUGAUGCCUUCUUCUCCUAAAAUACCAGUGAUUCAGAUAAAAUUGAGACCUUCUAAAUCUCCUGUGGCUGAUCCAUUUGAAGCUGAAACUGAUUAUACCUGAAAUCAUUCGAACAGAGUUUCCGCAAAGAACAUUCCGAAUUCUGCAAAAUUAUUCGCAAAGCAGGAUGAUAAGAAUAAUUUGAGCAUGAAUAAGACUCAGACACACAAAAAACGGAGGAAAGCUUUUAAACUACGAAACACUUAUUACAUCACAAAACCAGAUGAUAAGAAAGAGGCGCCUCAAAGAAGACCCAAACUUUUGCAACCAAUGGAGAUCUCUCUUCAUCUUGGUAAUUAUACUAAGUACCGCCAAAGCGUGACUUCUAAGAGCAAGAAGAGGGGCUCGAGCAGGUCUAAGGCUGAUGGCUCGGUGAAAAUCAAACGGAAAUAUCAGAAGGUAUCCAGCAGGUUAUCUCCAAGGGCGAUUAAGGUGAACCUUAACAGCCCAGCGAUGAAACAUCAGAAGAUAGGUGUAAGGACACCUAGAGCUUCAAGACUCAAGCCUCAUGAUUGGGAAAGGAAUGUCAAGCCUACUUCUGUUUGUAAGAGUAUCAAAGACCUUCCUAGUGUUGAGAGAAAAAUUAGCAAGAAAUUGGAUGAAGAUCAAUAUCGUUCUAAUAAGCCUUAUUUAAAGAAGGAGCAAACUUCUAAUACGAAAUCUCUCGCUAAUUUGAAGGUUGGCUCGAGAUAUCACAUGAUGAGAACGGAUUCUUCCGAAGACGAGAUGACUGACAUGAGUCCGAGAUAUUUCAAUGAAUAUUCUCAGAAGAAAUCUAAUCUUCGGAAAAAAUACCAGGAUGAAAUUGUGCAGCUGACUGUUAUUGCAACUGGACUGAAGCAUGAAAAUAAGGAACUGUUAGCCGAAAUUAAUAAAGUGAUGGAGAUGAAAUUAGUAGUGUAA